CUCGGCGGCGUAUCCGGAUAAAGGUCAAAGUCGGAUCAGCAUGGCCUCGGGCAUCACGCACGGCUUCCUCCGCGCCGUGGGGCGGACGCCCUUGAUCAAGCUCGGGUCGCUGAGCGCGCUCACGGGCUGCAACAUCCUCGCCAAGGCCGAGUUCAUGAACCCCGGCGGGUCCGUCAAGGACCGGGCAGCGCUCUACGUGGUCGAGGGCCAAGAGAAGGCCGGGCUUCUCGCGCCAGGGGGCACGGUCGUCGAGGGCACGGCCGGCAACACGGGCAUUGGCCUCGCCCACGUCUGCGCCGCCAAGGGCUACAACUGCGUCAUCUACAUGCCGGAUACGCAGAGCGCCGAGAAGAUCCAGGCGCUGCGCAUCCUCGGCGCCGACGUCCGCCCCGUGCCCGCGGUGGCGUUCACCGACCCGCUCAACUACAACCACCAGGCGCGCGCGUACGCCGAGAGCCUGCCCAACGCGGUUUGGACCAACCAGUUUGACAACGUCGCCAACCGACUCGCCCACUUCGAGACGACGGGCCCCGAGAUUUUUGCGCAGACGCAAGGCGACGUCGACGCCUUUACGUGCGCGACGGGCACAGGCGGGACGCUGGCAGGUACGGCGCUGUACCUCAAGGAGCGCAAGCCGGGGGUUCGCAUCGUACUGGCGGACCCGCCCGGUAGCGUGUUGUACCGCCACGUGCAUGACAAUGUCCUCGAGCGCACGGGCAAUGGCAGCAUCACCGAAGGAAUCGGUCAAGGCCGCGUCACCGAGAACCUCCGCGGGGCGCCGAUCGAUGACGCAGUGCACAUUGAGGACCACCGGUCGAUUGAGAUGGUCUACCGGCUGCUCAAGGACGAAGGUAUUUUUGUCGGCGCGUCGUCGGGCCUCAACGUGACGGCAGCCGUCGACGUUGCCAAGGCCAUGGGACCUGGCCAUACUGUCGUCACGAUCCUCUGCGACAGCGCCGCGCGGUACCAGUCUCGCCUCUUCAGCCGCUCGUGGCUCGAAGGAAAAGGGCUGCUUGCGGCCGUGCCCGUCGACUGCCAAUCGCUCGUCUCGUUGCCGUGAUCACAUUACUGGAUCUUAGUCUCGUUUUAUCGAAAGGGUCGAAGCCA